GAGCUUAUGUAAUUAGAAGAGACACCCGGUCCCCUCAUUUAAAAGCCUGUUAGCAUAUGACAGUCUCCUUUGAAGGGAAGGCGAUCCUCACCACGCCACGGCUUCUUUCUGUGAUCUUGAAGUUCUCUCAUACUCCAGAUAAGCCUUGAUCUGAGGAGGAGCUGAAGCACCAUGGGACCUUCUAGAGUAAUCAGGAAGACGACUUCCAAAACCUGAUGUGAUGUCUCCUCCUGGAGACGACGCACGAGGUGCAGGGAAGGGGCGGUGGCCUGACCCAGGACGAUGAUGACGCAAUGCUGAAGAGUGAGCUGGAGGAGAGGAGCAACAGGCACCAUGGAAAAAACAAAAACAAAGCAAGGAGAGAAUGAACAUAUGCCGGUGAAUAGCCCUUCCACACAGAUCUACCAGUUGCAGGCCCUGGCCUCGGAACUGAAAACCGGCUUCACAGAAGCAAUGCAGGAGCUGACGAGGAUCCAGCAUGGAGAAUAUGCUUUGGAAGAGAAGGUUAAGAGCUGCCGAUGUUCCAUGGAAGAGAAAGUCACCGAGAUGAAGAAUUCCUUAAACUACUUUAAGGAAGAGUUGAGCAAUGCGAUGUCGAUGAUUCAGGCCAUCACUUCCAAACAAGAAGAAAUGCAGCAGAAAAUCGAGCAGCUUCAACAGGAGAAGCGAAGAGAAUCUCGAAAGGUUAAAGCCAAGAAAGCUCAAAAGGAAGAGCAUGGCGCACAGGCCGGACCUGCAUCUGCGCCUGCGCAAGCCCAAGGAAGCCCCUUCCGCUCCAUCAAUGUCCCCGAGUCUGGUCACCCCAGUGACGACUUCACCAACAUUAUGCCUUCUCAAACCUAUGAAAAAGCCCAGGAGUCCAGAUCUGUUCAUGUAGGAGAUGGCAAUGUGAAGGGAAUGAUGGGUCCUGGAGUGAACCCAGCAAAUCCAGAAGCAGACGAAAGUCUUAAACCCUCUCUCUCAGCUGAGAUCCAGUCCAAGGGCCAUCACACACCGGGCCUGUGGAGACAGCCCAAGGAUGGCAAAGAGUGGGGCGAGGAGUAUGUCACAAAAGACCACCCAGAUAAACUCAAGGAGGCUGGCCAGGGCAGGCACAGCUCCUUGGAAAACGUCUUAUGUGAAACCUCUUUAGCUGCAAAAAGGCAGACCGUGGCUCUCGAGCUGCUUGAGUCUGAGCGGAAAUACGUCAUCAACAUCUCUCUGAUCCUGAAGAUCAAGGCGACGUUCCAGGGCUCCGACGGAAAGAGGAAUUCCAAGGAGAGAAGCCUCUUCCCUGGCUCCUUGCGCUACCUUGUCCAGCAGCACUUGGAUUUGCUUCAUGCCCUGCAGGAGAGGGUCCUGAAAUGGCCACGCCAAGGAGUCCUUGGAGAUUUAUUCCUGAAGUUGACAAACGAUGAGAAUAAUUUCUUGGAUUAUUAUGUUGCCUACCUGAGGGAUUUACCCGAAUGCAUCUCCUUGGUUCAUGUUGUGGUUCUGAAGGAGGGUGAUGAGGAGAUUAAAUCCGACAUCUAUACCCUGUUCUUUCACAUAGUGCAGCGCAUCCCGGAAUAUCUGAUACAUCUCCAGAAUGUUCUGAAGUUCACAGAGCAGGAACACCCCGACUAUUAUCUACUGCUGGUGUGUGUUCAGCGCCUCCGCGUGUUCAUCUCUCAUUAUACGCUGCUGUUUCAGUGCAAUGAAGAGUUGCUUAUUCAGAAACGAAAGAAGCUCAAAAAGUCGUCUAUGGCAAAGCUGUACAAAGGGCUGGCUUCCCAGUGUGCCAAUGCUGGCCAAGAUGCUUCCCCCACCGGGGGCCCGGAGGCUGUCCGUGACAGUGGGAUGCACUCAGAAGAAAUGCUCCAACCCUACCCUCCCGCACCCAGCUCCGCCCCUGCUGUCACACAUCUGAUGCCCACGGCGAAGAAAGGCCAACAGCAGCAGAGCCUCAUGGAGAGCAUGCAGCCCGGGAAGCCGGGGGACUGGGAGAUGGAGGGCAGAAAGCACGAGCGGCCCGAGAGCCUGCUGGCCCCGGCGCAGUUCUGCGCGGCCGAGCAGGACGUGAAGGCGCUCGCCGGGCCGUUGCAAUCCAUCCCGGAGAUGGACUUCGAGCCGUCCCCGGCCGAGCCGCUGGGCAACGUGGAGCGCUCGCUGCGCGGGCCGCCCGAGCUCCUGCCGGACGCGCGCGGCUUCGUCCCCGCCGGCUACGAGGAGUUCGAGUACGGGGGCGAGAUCUUCGCGCUGCCCGCGCCCUACGACGAGGAGCCCUUCCAGGCGCCGGCGCUCUUCGACAACUGCUCGCCCGCCUCGUCCGAGUCCAGCCUGGACAUCUGCUUCCUGAGGCCCGUCAGCUUCGCCAUGGAGGCCGAGCGGCCCGAGCACGCGCUGCAGCCGCUGCCCAAGAGCGCCACGUCGCCGGCCAGCAGCAGCAGCGCCUACAAGCUGGAGGCGGCGGCGUUCUUCCCCCAACAGAGGUCCCAAAGCGAAAAACAGACCUAUUUGGAAGUAAGGAGGGAGAUGCACUUAGAGGAUGCCACCCGAUUCUGUCCAAAGGAAGAAAGAGAGAGUGAGCAGACUUCUUUCAGCGAUCAAAACCCCAGGCAAGACCAGAAAGGGGGCUUCCGCAGCUCUUUCCGCAAGCUCUUUAAAAAGAAGUCCAGUGGAUCAGAAUACAGGGAAAAAAGUAAUGAGAACCCCUCAAUGGAUCCUUCACCCACCAAACAAGAUUUCUUCAGAAACCGACUUGCUCUUGCAAAUGACCUUGACCAAGGAACAGCUGUGUAAACACACUUACAGUUGUAUUGUCAAGUGGUAAGAGGAGGGGAAAGCUUGUCUAUAUCUCUGCAGGAAUAUAUAUAUACAUAUAUAUAUAUAUCAAUGUAUAAAUCCCUGAGGAGAACUAAUAUAAAUAUUUACAUACGAAACUAAAUCAACAUACAAGCAAUUGAAGAGAUGAAGAUUAGUCUAUGGCUAAGACUUGACUUAAUGAACCUCAACACUUGGGAAAAGGGGAACGAAGACUUUUCACAUCAUUUCAGAAAAACAUAAACUUGGAGGAAAAUAAAUGUUUGUAAGAACAAAA